GCAAAUGUUUUACAUAUGAUCCAAUAUAUACCUCAGAAUCCGAAUGAUUCACGUAUAUUGUUAAGGAUUCCCAUACAUCAGAUGUCAUUGGAAAUGAGAAACUUGGCUAUAACCGUGUGCAUUAUAACGCUCCAUAUGGUAUCUGGACACAGACCAUUUCUAGAGUAUCUGAGAUCACAGGCGAAGAAUAUGGAAAAGGGUCUCGAUUCCAUCAUCAAAGGAACAGGAUACGACCACGGUAAAUGGAAGACAGGCAACAUUGCAUUCUCAGCCCGACAGUCUUCAGCCAGAGCGUACAAACUACACGAGACGUGGAUCUUUGACACAGUUCUUGUAAAUGACGGUAACGCCUACAAUAAGGCUACGGGAACCUUUACAGCUCCUGUUGGCGGAACAUAUGGCUUUACUUGGUCUACACUGACGAGUCCGUCAAAAGCGGCCCAUCCUUUCCUGAGGGUGAACGGUCAUUACAAAGGAUAUACAGCUUUCAACAAUAUGGUAACUUCACAAAGGUUUUGGAGCAGUGGCUCGAACACAAUUCUUGUUCAUCUGAAAAAAGGUGACAAGGUCAACAUUGCAUCAGGGUACCAGGCAGCCUAUGCAAGAGAAAAUUUUUCCUCGUUCUCUGGUUGGAAAAUUUACUAACUGUUGAAUUGCUUUUCAAACAUGCUGAAAUAAAGACUUUUAUAUA